AUGGCUCAAGGCGCACAAGUAAACGGCCAUGUGGCGGAAAAUGGGCAACCCGCAGCCGGGCAGCCGCUACAGCUCGUGGUUCUGGGCAUGAACAGCGGGACAUCCAUGGAUGGCAUCGACUGUGCGUUGUGCCGCUUUCGACAGGAAACACCCGACUCCCCGAUGCACUUCUCCCUCCUAAAGUAUGGCGAAGUACCACUGGACCUUGAACUCAAGAAGCGUGUGCUGUCCAUCAUCAAGCACGACAAGACAUCCGCCUCCGAGCUGUCCGAAGUCAACGUUCACCUCGGCGAGACCUUCGCCGCCGCAGCCAUCCAAUUCUGCAACGACAAUGCCAUCGACAUCAAAACCAUCGACGCCAUCGGCUCCCACGGCCAAACCAUCUGGUUGGCCAGCAUGCCCGACGCCGGCAUCCCCAAAUCCGCCCUAACCAUGGCCGAAGGCACCAUCAUCGCGUCGCGCACGGGGCUCACCACCGUCACCGACUUCCGCGUCUCGGACCAAGCCGCCGGCCGACAAGGCGCCCCCCUCAUCGCCUUCUUCGACGCGCUCCUCCUGCACCACCCCACCAAGCUCCGCGCCUGCCAAAACAUCGGCGGCAUCGCCAACGUGUGCUUCAUCCCGCCCGAGGGCCCCGACCGCGCCUACGAUUUUGACACGGGACCCGGCAACGCCCUCAUCGACGCCGUCGUGCGCCACUACACCGACGGGGCCCUCGAAUAUGACCGCGACGGCGUCAUGGGCAAGCGCGGGACGGUCAACCAGGACAUGGUGGAUGCCUUCCUGGCGCGCAUCCCCUACUUCAGCUGGGACCCGCCCAAGACGACGGGGCGGGAGGUCUUCCGCGACACGCUCGCGGAUGAUUUGAUUAGGGAGGGGGCGCAGCGGGGCCUGUCGGCGGAUGAUGUGGUUGCGACGGUGACGCGGAUCACGGCGCAGGCGAUUGUGGACCAUUGGCGGCGGUAUGCGCCGGAGGGCAGGGCCGUGGAUGAGGUGUUUAUGUGCGGGGGUGGUGCGUACAAUCCGAAUAUUACGGAUUAUAUGAAGGAGCAGCUGCCGGGGGUCAAGAUGUUUAUGCUUGAUGAGGCGGGGAUUCCGGGCGGUGCGAAGGAGGCUGUCACGUUCGCGUGGCAGGGGAUGGAGGCGGUUGUUGGGCGCAGCAUACCGGUCCCGGAUAGGGUGGAGACAAGGAGGCCGUAUGUGCUGGGGAAGGUCAACCCCGGGGCGAAUUAUCGGACGGUGAUGAGGAAGGGGAUGCUGUUUGGUGGGGGGAGGGCGGAGCUGGAACCGGUGAAGGAGAUGGUGAACUAUGUGGAUGGGAAGGUGUUUGAGAAUAAGUGGUAA